GAUCAGAGACUGUAGACAGAACAGAGGAUGACCAGAGAACUGCGAACACAGCAUAGGGGAUGACCAGAGAUUGCGGACACAGUACAGGAGAUGACCAGAGACUGCGGACAUAGUACAGGAGAUGACCAGAGACUGUGGACACAGUACAGGAGAUGACCAGAGACUGCGGACAGUACAGGGGAUGACCAGAGACUGCGAACACAGUACAGGGGAUGACCAGAGACUGCGGACACAGCACAGGAGAUGGCCAGAGACUGCGGACAUAGUACAGGAGAUGACCAGAGACUGCAGACAGUACAGGGGAUGACCAAGAGACUGCGGACAGUACAGGAGAUGACCAGAGACUGCGGACAUAGUACAGGAGAUGACCAGAG